AUGAACAACAAAGAACCCUUUGGCUUUGGGUGGUACAACCGUACAAGCCUGCCUUCCACCCCUAGGGUGGAGAUCAUGAUUCCUAAAGUUUCAUCAAGGAUGAACUUCAAAGAUCUCCGCCACAAAGGGCUGGAAAGCUGGAAAGCACCGCCGGCUCCAUAUUGGCUCAAGGCUACAGCCGCUCCUCAAUCUUCACUCUUAGAGUUCAGUCUUCCAUCUCUCUGCUUGGCUCCACACGGACCACACCUCCACCAGGACCACCACUCUGCCUUGUCCCAAUCUCCACCUCUCUUUGUCGUCCAUCUCCGACAGGCUCCGCACGUGCUGCUAGCUGCUAACAAGAAAAUGGUUGAUCAACAAAACAAUCCAGUAGCACAAGAACCUAUUGCUGAUAGUGUAGGUGGGCAUCCAUCUCAAACACCAAUAAAUAUUGAUGAUAAUUCUUCUCGGCAAAGUAAUUCAGGAACUAGUAAUGUUGAUGUUUUUCCGGGUGGAGUUCAAAUUGUGAAAAAAAGAAGAUUCACAUCAGAAGCUAGGAGCCAUUUUACUCAACUUACGAUAAACGGAGUUGAAAAGGCUGAGUGUAAUUAUUGUAAGAAGAGGCUUUCAGGCAAUAUGAAGAAUGGGACUUCUCAUUUGAGUGCACAUACUAAGAAUUGUGCUUUCAGGACAACUAAAGAUUUAAAGCAGCAAUUGUUGGCUUAUAAUCAGAAAAAGAGGGAUGCAAAUUUUACGGUGGGAAACUAUUCUUUUGAUGAAAAUGCAUCCAGGAGAGACCUUGCUCAUAUGAUUAUGCUGCAUGAAUAUCCUAUUUCAAUGGUGGAACACGUUGGAUUCCGACGAUUUUCAACUGGUCUUCAACCAUUGUUUAAGGUUCCUUCUCGAAGUACAGAAAGAUCUGAUCUAUUCAAGGUUUAUGAUCUUGAGAAAAAGAAUUGUGUGAAGAUACUGGAAAAUAACAGUAGCAGAAUUGCUUUAACUUCAGAUAUGUGGACUUCUUCCAACCAGAAAAAAGGAUACAUGGCUAUCACGGCUCACUUUAUUGAUGAUAAUUGGGAGAUGCAGAGUUGCAUCUUAAGAUUUGUAUAUGUUCCUUGUCCACAUACUGCUCAAGUUCUCUCCGAGGUUCUUAUAGAAUGCAUGCUAGAAAUGAACAUUGACAGAAAAUUAUCUACGUUGACUUUGGACAAUUGCUCAACUAAUGAUGCAAUCAUUGAGAAAUUGUUGGGUAAGCUUGAUGCAUGUUCACUUAUUUUAGAUGGAAGGAUAUUUCACAUGCGAUGUUGUGCUCAUAUUUUGAAUUUGAUUGUUCAACGUGGCUUGUCGGAGAUUGAGGAUUGCAUUGAAAAUGUUAGAAACAGUGUUUCAUUUUGGACUGCGUCACCUAAACGAGAGCAAACUUUUAGAGAGGCCGCACGUCAAUUGCAUAUCACAAGUACUAAACAAUUAGUACUUGACUGCAAGACUAGAUGGAACUCCAUAUAUUUGAUGCUUACUGUUGCUAUUGGUUAUAAGGAUGUCUUCACUCGCUUGAAAAAGAAAGAGUCUCUUUAUAAAUGUUUGCCUAGUGAGAGUGAUUGGGAUUUGGCAAAAAUUAUUUGUGAAAAAUUGGAGAUCUUUCAUAACGCCACUGAGAUGUUUUCUGGGAAAAAAUAUCCAACUGCAAAUAUAUUUUUUCCAAUAGUGUGUGGGAUAAAGAUUUCUUUGGGUGAAUGGUAUGAGUCUCCAAAUGCUAUUAUUAAAAAUAUGGCUUCCUCCAUGACUGAAAAGUUUGAUAAAUAUUGGAAUGUUGUCCAUGAUGUCAUGAGUGUGGCUACUGUGUUGGAUCCUAGAUACAAGUUGAAGUUAAUGGAAUAUUAUUUUCCUAAGUUUUACAAAGAAUCAGCUUCAGAAGAGAUUUCUAGGAUUCGAACCCUUUGUUAUGAUUUGUUUUAUGAGUAUCACAGUAGAUAUAUGAAAGACAAAGAAGAUCAUAAUCAUGGGCUUGGUGAAUCUUCAUCCUCAUUUAAUAAGGUCAGAGACUCUGGCAAAUCUUCUUGGAGUGAUCCUGGUUUUGAAGCUUUUAUUUCACAAAAUGAGGAUGAACUUGGAAGAAAUGAGUUGGAUAAUUACUUGAGUGAGAAAAACUUGCCCCUUAUGAAUGAGUUUGAAAUCUUAGCUUGGUGGAAGAGCAAUGGACUUAAAUAUCCAAUAUUGCAAAAGAUUGCUAGGGACAUUCUUGCUAUCCCCAUCUCCAGUGUAGCUUCAGAGUCAGCUUUCAGCAUGGGAGGAAGAGUGGUGAGUAAGCACAGAAGUCGACUUCAUUCGAACACUAUAGAAGCAUUGACUUGUGGAAAAUCUUGGUUACUAAAUAGCCUCCAAGUCCAAGAUGUUUGUUCAAAGGGCCCAAUGGAUGCAUCUUAUCAAACUGUUGAGUAUGAUUAUGAUAUUGAAGGGGAUGAAGCUACCGACAACCAUGCCCAAUCACAAGACUAG